GCCGCCACCGUUCGAAAAAAGUGACAGUCGACGCUCGAUUGUUUUGGAUUUCAGAGCCAACUAUGUGAAGGCGCGAUUUGUUUUUCGGUUCCUAGUGCGACUGUGAUAUUUUUGUGAUUUUUGCGAAAUUGCGAAAAUGGGGUUUCUGCCUAAGUUAGUACAAAAGUUUUGGGAGUACGGAUCUGGACGGACGGCCCUCGCCGCCUUCUGCGCCCACUCCGUCUCCAUCUCCAUCGGGAUCUGCCAAGGCUACAGCGCCAUCCUCAUCCCCCAGCUGCACUCCUCCCACGGGAUCCACGCCGACUCCGAGGAGAGCUCGUGGCUAGCGAGUUUGGGAGCCAUAACGAAUCCUGUGGGCUCGAUUCUGUCCGGACUGCUGGCGGAGUACGUCGGGAGGAAGAAGGCGAUCCAGAUCAGCAGUAUCCCGUUUCUGGUGGGGUGGCUGUGCAUCGGGCUGGCUGACGACAUCGCGUUGCUGUAUGCCGGAAGACUGGUGACCGGAAUAGCCGCAGGAAUGUCCAGCGCCUGCUACACCUACGUCAGCGAAGUCGCCACCCCCGAGAACCGCGGCAUCCUCCAAGCCCUCGGCCCCAUCUGCGCCUCCUUCGGCAUCCUCCUCACCUACACCCUCGGCUACUUCCUCAACUGGGCGACCGUCGCCUUCCUCAGCGUCUUCUUCGCCGUCUUCACCCUCAUCGCCGUCGAGUUCCUCCCCGAGAGCCCUCCGUACCUCAUCAAAAAGGGCCACAACUCGCGCGGCUACGACAGCUACCUUUGGUUCCGCAGGAACGUAGCAGUAGCCCACCAGGAGAUCCUCAACCAGUCCUCCAACGACAAAACCAUCAGCUCCUCCACCAAAGAAGUGUACCUCAGUGCAGCCACAGUCAAGCCUUUCUUGAUCCUGGUCACGCUCUUCUUCCUCCAGGAGCUGUCCGGCAUCUACACGAUCCUCUUCUACGCCGUGAACUUCUUCGAAGAAACGGACUUGAACAUGAACACUUACGUUUCGUCGAUUAUCGUGGGGAUCAUCAGGUUCGUGAUGUCGAUAGUGACGGCGAUUCUGGUGAACAAGUUCGGGAGGAAGGUUCUUUGCAUGUCGUCGAGUGCUGGGAUGAGUGCGACCAUGUUAGUGAUGGUGGUGUACUUCAAGUACUAUGAAGUCCAUUCGGACGAAAGUCGCGUUCUUCCGCUGCUUCCUCUGGUUUGUGUUAUCUUCAACGUGAUGUUUAGCAUGGUGGGGAUGCUCCCGAUCCCCUGGAUUCUAGUCGGGGAACUUUUUCCGCUGGAAGUCCGGUCCAUCAUGAGCGGAAUUGUCAUCUGUAUAGCGCAAUGCUUCAUCUUCAUAUUCGUCAAGAUCUACCCCGACAUGAUCACCUACUUAAACUUCAGUGGUACUUUGAGUACUUUUCUGGUGGCGUCAGUGGUGGCUUUACUCUUCUGUAAGACUAUUCUUCCCGAGACUAAGAACAAAUCGUUGGAGGAGAUUGAAGAGUCCUUCAAGAAUAGGAAGCUUGGGGGGAAGUUGGAGGGGUACGACAAUAGGGGGUUCGUUUUGAACCCUGAAACUUUUAACAAAAAGUCUGAUGAAAUUUUUACGGUGCAGGUUUUGUAGUUUUUUACGAAUGAAACUUAAGUAGAACGAAGAAGU